AUGUGGCAACUACCCGUUAAUAAUAUUUCGAUCAAUUUGAGUCUUUUUAAGAAACUGAAUGGCUACAGACCCUUUCUUUACAAUUUCAGUGUAGAUAUGUGUAAAUUUUUCAAAAAUCCCAAAAAGUAUCCUUUUGUUCAGCUAUACCAUCAUAUCAUUGUCAAUGAAUCGAAUAUAAAUCAUACUUGUCCUUACAAUCACGACUUAAUUGUUAAGGAUGUGUUUCUACAUGAAAGCAAAUUUAAAAAUUUACCAUUGCCCCGUGGUGAAUAUCGUUUCGAUUUGAAAGUUAGUGCCUACAAUGAUUUGAAAGGAGAGAUUAAAGCUUAUAUUGAUAUAAGCAGUGAUUUGUGA